AUGAGGGUCACCGCUCUCGUCUUCUCCCUCCUCACCGCCACUGUCGUCUCCUCCAGAUCUCUCUUCGGCGGUAGCCAGAAUGCUCUCGUGGAUGACCCCAAGUACCCUGUGCCCGGCAAGAAUCCUCUAAACUUCUGUGCCGACCCUGCAGACUAUAUUCUCACCAUCGACUACGUGGACCUAUCGCCCAAUCCACCCGUCCCUGGCGAAAAGCUCACUAUUUCUGCAAACGGAACCUUUGCGAAAGACAUCGAGCCAGGUGCCACUGUUUUUCUUCAAGUCAAGUAUGGCUUGAUCACCCUUAUCAAGCAGGAGGCAGACCUCUGUGACAACCUACCUCAGAUCGACAUGGCCUGUCCUUUGAAAGAGGGCGUAUUGACACUGAAGAAGGAAGUUGAUAUUCCCAAGCAAGUGCCACCUGGAAAAUACACUGUCCUUGCAGAUGUCAACACUGUUGACAAGGAGAAGAUCACCUGCAUGGAGAGCACCAUAUUCUUCAGCAGAUAG